UCUCUUUCUUUUCCCACUUUUAGAUUCCUUUAUCCCUUUGUUGUUAACAUUCAUAUAUAAAUACACAAAGAAGAAAAAAAAUCACAAAUCCCUUCUCUAUAGCCACUCAUAGAAAAUACCAUAUAGUUCAAUAAUUUCAUAUCAUCAAAUCUUAAUAGUCUCUUCAAGAAAACCUUACUAUUAUGGAAAAACAAAUUGAAGUAGAAAAUCAACAACAAAAACCAUCACAACCAUGUUCACACCAAAAUUCACAAUCCUCUUCCCCUACUCAUGAUUUUUCCUUCACAAUUUCACACAACUCUUUCAACACAACAUUCCCUAAUAAUCACAAUAAGUCCAAAUUAUCUUCACAUAAUUCCUUUACAGCACUUGAUUUAUCUCCAGCUGAUGAUAUUUUUUUCCAUGGUCAUUUACUUCCUCUCCAAAUCCUCUCACACUUCCCUUCAUCGAUAUCGCCUCGCUCUUCGACAAAUUCAAUGGACAGUUUUACUCUCCCUAUAAGAGAAUUAUUCUCAGAAGAUGAUGAUGAAAAUCUCCCCACAAAAGACAUUAGCAGCAGCAACAAUAGUAGCAAAAGUGAAAACAGCAGCAAAAAUAUAGAAUCAUCAAAAAAGGUAGAGGUGAAAAAGUACUUAAGAAAGGUGAAGCCACUUUUCAAAAGAGAGAAAAUUAGAGAACAAAAAAAAUCUUAUUCUUAUUCAGGAAAAAAUGUAACACCUAGAACUAGAAAUAAACAAGAAUUGAUGAAAGGUUGGAGUAUGAAAUUAGGACAAUAUUAUUCAGCACCAGCAUCAAUGAGAACUUCUCCAACAAAUAGUGGUGUUCUUUUUGCUACUACACCUCUUCCUCCACCUAGUGAUAGUAGUAUGGAAGAGUUACAAGCUGCUAUUCAAUCUGCAAUUGCUCAUUGCAAAAAUUCAUAUUCAAAAGAAGAGAAACUCAAUUGCUGAUUUCAUGAGUCUUCCUAGAGAUUAUUAUUAUUUUUGUCCCUAGGAUUAUAAUUUCCUUAAUUAUGUGAUAUUUAAAUUAUUGUGUACAUAAAAAUGUGUUAUCAUAUAUCAUUUUGUAGACCAACUUGUAUUUAUUUAAUUAUUUUAAUAUAUAUAGUAUUUAUGAA